GUGUCAACAGCUGAAGUGCAGCCAUGUCUAGAUUGACAACCGUUUUAGUUCUGCCUAUUUUGUUUGAUUUGGUUCUUUCAAUCACGUUCCAUUUGCCUGUAAAUACCAGAAAAUGUCUGCGAGAGGAAAUCCACAAAGAUGUCCUGGUCACUGGGGAGUACGAAGUUAGCGAGCAACCCACAGCUAAAUGCACCCUGAAGAUCACAGAUUCUUCCGGGCAUAUUCUGUACACAAAAGAUGAUGCAUCCAAAGGGAAGUUUGCCUUCACAACAGAGGAUUAUGACAUGUUUGAAGUGUGCUUUGAGAGCAAAUCUCCUAUGGGUACUGGGAGGGUCCUUGACCAGCUGGUCAAUUUAGACAUGAAACAUGGUGUGGAGGCAAAGAAUUAUGAAGAGAUCGCAAAAGUGGAGAAGCUAAAGCCAUUGGAGGUGGAGCUGAGGAGGCUUGAGGACCUAUCAGAAUCCAUUGUGAAUGACUUUGCCUACAUGAAGAAACGAGAGGAGGAGAUGAGAGACACUAAUGAGUCCACAAACACACGUGUACUGUAUUUCAGCAUCUUCUCCAUGUGUUGCCUGAUUGGCCUGGCUACAUGGCAAGUCUUCUACCUACGACGCUUCUUCAAGGCCAAGAAACUUAUUGAGUGAAGCUAUGGCUACAAGAACCUUUUUGUCCACUGCACAUUGGGGAUAAUAGAAACUUUAUUUUUUGGAGUUUAUUUUGACAUCCAAUGUAAAAAUGUCACCGUUGGCAGGAGACUGGUGUAAAGCCUAAUUUAUAGCUGUAUGAUGGCACUGGCAUCUACUGUUUUUUCUCAA